AUGGCCCGCAUUCUUACGGUACCCCGCCGUUUUGGCCUCGCUCGACUUUUUGCCCAAGCCCAGCAGCAUCAUCAAUUGCGUUUCUGCUCCGCCUGCACCACCACUGGAUCGCCCGAACGCUUGCACAACACCGCCGGAAGCAAGACGUCAUCCUCCACCACCGUGCUCGCGGACCAGAAAGCACCCUUCACCAGCUUGUCCUCUCCUCCUCGUCCCUCUCCCACCAGCCUCCUCCGUCCUCAGAACAAGGCCUCCAUGGCUACCGUGACCGAGACCAUCAGCUUGCCCAACGUCGGUGUCUUCACAGACCCCGAGCACAAGCUCUGGGUGGCCGAGUCCGGACCUACACUCGAGAGCGUCAAGAAGGGACAAGACCUCAAGCAUGGCGAAGUCACAAUCGGGAUCAAGAGCACGGGAAUCUGCGGAUCCGACAUCCACUUCUGGCACGCCGGCCGCAUCGGCCCCAUGAUCGUCACCGACACGCACAUCCUCGGCCACGAAUCCGCCGGCGUCAUCCUGGCCACGCACCCCUCGGUCACGCACCUCAAGCCCGGCGACCGCGUCGCCAUCGAACCGGACAUCAUCUGCAACCAGUGCGAACCCUGCCUGACGGGCCGCUACAACGGCUGCCUCAACAUGCGCUUCCUCUCCACGCCCCCCGUCGACGGCCUCCUGCGGCGCUACGUCAACCACCCGGCCGUCUGGUGCCACAAGAUCGGCGACAUGAGCUUCGAAAACGGCGCCCUGCUCGAACCGCUCAGCGUGGCCCUGGCCGGCGUGGAGCGGGCGGGCGUCAAACUCGGGGACCCGAUCCUGAUCUGCGGCGCCGGCCCCAUCGGCCUCAUCACGCUGCUGUGCGCCGCGGCCGCCGGGGCCGAACCGAUCGUGGUGACGGACAUCGACGAGGGCCGGCUGGCCUUCGCCCAGGAGCUCGUGCCGCGCGUGCGCCCGUUCCUGGUGGAGCGGGGCGUCGGGGAGGAGGAGGCGGCGGGGGCCAUUGUCCGGCUGGCCGGGGGCGUGCAGCCGGCCAUCGCGCUCGAGUGCACGGGCGUCGAGAGCAGCGUCAACGCCGCCGUCCACAGCGUCAAGUUCGGCGGCAAGGUCUUCGUCAUCGGCGUCGGCAAGCCCGAGAUGCGCCUGCCCUUUAUGCGCCUCAGCACCCAGGAGAUCGACCUGCAGUUCCAGUACCGCUACGCCAACACGUGGCCGCGCGCCAUCCGGCUGGUCGAGAGCGGGGUGCUGCAGUUGGGCCGGCUCGUGACGCAUCGGUUCGACAUUGAGGAUGCCGUCCGGGCGUUCGAGACGGCGGCGGAUCCGAAGACGGGGGCUAUCAAGGUGCAGAUCCAGAGUGAGAUGGAUGUGCAGUGGUGA